AUGUCGCUGCCUUUCUUGUUUGUUGUCUUUCGUGUGUCCAGGUUUAGCGGCGAGAACGUGGAGAGGUCUGUCUCAGCUGUGCGCGUAAAGUUUUGGGAAGUUGUUGGAGAGAGUUCGCGGAGUGUGGAUCCAGAUGCGAGCAGAGAGAGCCGCCGUGCUGCUGGUGGAGGAGGAGGUGGUGUGGUGGUGGUGGACAGCCCUCUCUGCAAUCCCAGUUCCGGGGGGACAAAGGCGCAGGAGAGGAGGAACACACGGGGUGGAGUGCGGAGCGAGGAGCCGGUGCGUAAAAGCAGGUUUGAAGUGUCUAGACAGGAGCUGUAG